GGCAUUCCCGGUUUUUUAGAAGUGAAACUCAGUAUUUGCUCUGCUGUUUGGAGUCCUUGUUUCAGCCUAUACCGGUUUCCUUCCCCUACGUCACAGUUGUCGGCCCCUCUUCUCUCGCGAUAUCAGCCGGGCGGAUCCAUCAUGGCGGAAGAGGAGGUGGGAAAGCUGCAGAAGCAUCUAGCGCUUCUCCGUCAGGAGUAUGUCAAGUUGCAGCAAAAGCUGGCAGAGACUGAGAAAAAAUGCACUCUCCUAGCAGCCCAGGCUAACAAAGAAGCCUCCAGCGACUCUUUCAUCAGCCGCCUCCUCUCUAUCGUGGCACAACUCUUUCAGCAGGAGCAGUAUAGUGAUCUGAUGAUAAAAGUUGGAGACAAACACAUAAAUGCCCAUAAAUUUGUUCUUGCUGCAAGAAGUGAGGUUUGGAGUCCAGCCAAUUUGGCUUCAACUAAAGAACUUGACCUGUCAGACUCUAAUCCUGAGGUAACUAUGGCUAUGCUUCGUUGGGUCUACACAGAUGAGCUGGAUUUAAGGGAAGAUGAUAUAUUCUUAACUGAGUUGAUGAAGCUAGCUAAUCGUUUCCAACUUCAACUACUUAGGGAAAGGUGUGAAAAGGGAGUUAUGUCUCUGGUGAAUGUGAGGAACUGCAUACGUUUUUAUCAGACUGCUGAGGAGCUAAAUGCCAAUGCUUUGUUAAACUACUGUGCUGAGAUUAUUGCAAGUCACUGGGAUGACCUAAGAAAAGAGGACUUCAGCUCAAUGAGUGCUCAGCUACUAUAUAAAAUGAUUAAAUCAAAGACACAGUUCCCUUUGCACAAAGCAAUAAAGUUGGAAAGAGAAGAUGUAGUUUUCUUGUACCUAAUAGAAAUGGAUUCUCAGUUGCCUGGAAAACUAAAUGAACUGGACCAAAAUGGAGACCUUUCCUUGGAUUUAGCUCUUUCCCGGAGACUGGAAAGCAUAGCAACUACAUUGGUUAAUAACAAAGCUGAUGUUGACAUGAUGGACAAAAAGGGUUGCAGUUUAUUACAUAAAGCCAUUUGUAGAGACGAUAAAUUUGCUGCAAACUUUCUAAUAAAAAAUGGUGCUCUUGUAAAUGCUGCCACUGUUGGAGAGCAACAGACUCCUCUGCAUUUGGUAGCUUCUUGCACAGUAAAGGACCGGUCUGUGGAAGUGAUGUCCGAUAUAGCACAAAUUGCUGAAGCACUUUUAAAAGCAGGAGCAAAUCCUAACAUGCAAGACAGCAAAGGAAGGAGUCCUCUGCACGCUGCUGUUCUUGCUAGGAAUGAGUAUGUCUUCAACCAACUCCUUCUGUGCAAACAAUUAGAUCUAGAGCUGAAGGAUCAUGAGGGAAGCACAGCUCUGUGGCUUGCUGUUCAGUAUAUCACAGUGUCUUCUGACCAGUCUGUAAAUCCUUUUGAUGAUGUCCCUGUUGUAAAUGGCACCUCAUUUGAUGAAAACAGCUUUGCUGCCAGACUUAUUAAACAGGGCAGCAACACAGAUGCACCAGACACUGUAACAGGCAACUGCUUGUUACAAAGAGCUGCUGCUGCAGGGAAUGAAGCUGCUUCCCUGUUCUUGGCAACCCAUGGGGCAAAAGUCAAUCAUAAAAAUAAAUGGGGUGAAUCGCCUUUACAUACUGCAUGUCGGCAUGGACUUUCUAACCUUACAGCAGAGCUUUUACAACAAGGAGCCAACCCAAAUAUUCAGACUCAAGAACCUAUUACUUCUCCAAGAGGACCUCCAGCAAACAGUCUGGCAGACAGCACUUACUUACAAACACCUCUGCACAUGGCAAUCGCAUAUAACCAUCCUGAUGUUGUUUCUGUCAUAUUGGAACAAAAAGCUAAUGCUCUUCAUGCAACAAAUAAUCUACAGAUCAUACCUGACUUUAGUCUCAAGGACUCCAGAGAACAGACAGUGUUAGGACUGGCACUAUGGACAGGCAUGCACACCAUUGCCGCACAACUCCUGGGCUCUGGAGCAUCCAUCAAUGAUACAAUGUCAGAUGGACAGACACUUCUACACAUGGCAAUACAAAGACAAGACAGCAAGAGUGCCCUGUUCCUGCUAGAACACCAAGCUGAUAUCAAUGUCCGAACCCGGGAUGGCGAGACAGCACUUCAGCUUGCCAUUAAAAAUCAGCUUCCUUUGGUGGUGGAUGCCAUUUGUACAAGAGGCGCUGAUAUGUCUGUUACUGAUGAACAAGGGAAUCCCCCUCUGUGGCUUGCACUAGAGAAUGAGCAGGAGGAUAUUGCCUCAACUCUGGUAAGACAUGGAUGUGAUGCUACAUUCUGGGGGCCAGGGCCAAGUGGAUGCCAACAGACGCUACUUCAUAGAGCAAUUGAUGAAAACAAAGAGCAAAUUGCUUGUUUCAUUAUUCGCAGUGGCUGUGAUGUAAAUAGCACUAGAAAGCCUGGACCAAAUGGAGAAGGAGAAGAAGAGGCCAGAGAUGGGCAAACCCCCUUGCAUUUAGCAGCUUCUUGGGGACUGGAGGAGGUAGUGCAGUGCCUUUUGGAGUUUGGUGCCAAUGUAAAUACUCAGGAUGCAGAGGGGAGAACUCCAAUACACGUUGCUAUAAGCAACCAGCAUCGUGUCAUUAUCCAGUUAUUGAUCUCACACCCUGACAUCCGGCUGAAUGUUCGUGACAGGCAGGGUAUGACCCCAUUCGCAUGUGCCAUGACUUUCAAAAAUAACAAGGCCGCCGAGGCAAUUCUGAAACGGGAACCAGGAGCCGCUGAGCAGGUGGAUAACAAAGGGAGGAAUUUCCUGCAUGUUGCAGUUCAGAAUUCAGAUAUUGAGAGUGUCUUGUUCUUGAUAAGUGUUCAGGCUAACGUUAAUUCAAGAGUCCAAGAUGCCUCCAAGCUAACCCCACUGCAUCUAGCUGUGCAAGCAGGAUCAGAGAUUAUUGUCCGGAACCUGCUUCUUGCAGGUGCAAAGGUGAAUGAACUUACCAAGCAUCGUCAGACUGCCCUUCACCUAGCAGCACAACAGGACCUUCCAGUUAUUUGUUCUGUUCUCCUUGAGAAUGGUGUUGACUUUAGUGCUGCAGAUGAGAAUGGAAAUAAUGCUCUGCAUCUGGCAAUAAUGCAUGGGCGCUUGAACAAUAUACGCUGCCUUUUAACUGAAUGCAAUGUGGAUGCAGAGGCUUUAAACUUAAGAGGUCAGUCCCCAAUGCAUAUUUUGGGGCAAUAUGGAAAGGAAAAUGCUGCUGCCAUCUCUGAACUCUUUCUGGAAUGUAUGCCACAGUAUCCUCUUGAUAAACCAGAUGCAGAAGGAAACACUGUGCUGCUACUAGCGUAUAUGAAGGGAAAUGCAAAUCUUUGCCGGGCUAUUGUGAAAGCUGGUGCCAGGCUUGGAGUAAAUAACAGCCAAGGAAUCAAUAUAUUUAACUAUCAGGUUGCAACCAAGCAGCUUCUUUUUAGACUUUUAGAUAUGCUAUCUCAGGAACCACCUUGGUGUGAUGGCUCAAAUUGUUAUGAGUGUGCUGCAAAGUUUGGAGUCACAACCAGAAAACACCACUGCCGCCAUUGUGGACGUCUGCUCUGCUCCAAGUGCUCAACCAAGGAGAUUCCCAUUAUAAAGUUUGAUCUGAACAAACCUGUUCGGGUUUGUGACAUCUGCUUUGAUGUGCUGACUCUGGGUGGAGUUUCUUAGUACACGAGGGAGAAGAUACCUGGUUUUCUUAAAGAUGGCAACUCUGUCAAGCAAGUGGACAACUGAGCAGCGGCAGUUUGCUCUUCCACCAUGGACAGAAUGGACCACAUUAUAAUAUAUUCCAGUAUAUAAAGAUUUGUAUGAUUGUACAUGUAUAGGCUUUGCUAGAUGCUAACUGGACUUAGCUUUUUUUUUAAGUCAAGUAAUAAAUGUGUACCAGUGCUGAAAGUUUAAUACUGACCCAAUAUCUUGGGCUGGUCAGAUUAUCAAAAUGAUAUCAGUGCUUACUUAAAGAAAAUGUCUUUCUAAUGAAUUCUCCAGGAUCAACUAAUUCAUGUUGUUACUCUUGUCCAUUAUCUCUGUAAAAUGUGUAAUUAGUGACCCUAAAAUCUGGGAAGAUAGUAUGCUUGGAGAAUUUUUUUAAAUCUAUAACUAUAUAUACAGGGUUCAGUUGCAUAUAAAGCCAAUUAAACUGUGGCCUUAAACUAUAAGCUUUAUAACCACCACUCUAAUUAAACCAUUGUAGCACUCCAGUUAUUUUGAUAAACUUUCUAUGUAAGACCCUUAGUCUUUGUUUAAUUGUGGCUUCCACAAAGUACUUACCAGCUGAUGGAAGGUCCUUUAAGUUUUGCAUAUCUGCCUUUACAGCUUAUUUCCCUUUUUCUUCUGUAUUUGAUGUUUUCUUUGCUUCUUACUAAUCGCGUCCCUAAAAUAAUAUGAAAAGCUCUAUGUAAUAGAAUCAAGUUAAAGAUGUGAAACUGUUCAAACACUAAUGUGUCAUACAAAACUAAAUGUUGAGCCUAAACCUUUGAUAUACAAAUUAAAAUAUCUAAGCUCCAAGGAA